AUACACUCUCACACCCGGAUCGCUUUGGGAUCGCUCAUGAAUAUUCCAUACUUCCGACUUGUAGCAGCGCGGCGCCCAUACAAUUUAUUUAUCUAUCCAGAUGGUUUACACGAAGGCUUUUAAAGGAUACGACCUUUCACUUUUGAAUAUCUAAAAUCCUCACAACAUAGGGUUAUGUCGGAAUAUUCAGAUGAUUUCGAGUAUCUGAAGGGAGUCACUCUGAUUCUCGAACCUCAACUCCGCAAAGUCAUAGUCCGAGGAAACCUAGAUGACGAUAUAUUCCAAGUGCCCUUACACUGGCAUGAAGACCAUGACGAGAUCAUCACAGUCCUUGAGGGAAAACUCAAGGUUACUGUCGGAAAAGAGACAAAAAUAUAUACACCGGAAGGUGGAGACGCGUUUGUACCCAGAGGUGCACCUCAUGCGUUAGAGAGCCUGAAAGGAGUUCCUUGUGUGAUAACUGAGCGCACAAAUCCAACAGACUUUGACACCAAGGAACUGUUUUUCCGCAACAUACUAGCGAUCCCAGGAGGUCUAUCUUCUGGAGGCUUGGUGCCUAUGAUGCAGGUAUUCUACCAUGGAGAUGGAUAUCCUGUAUUUCCAGUCCAUGUCGUUUGGUUGGAAAAAGCUUUCGUGACACUUCUCGGCGGCUAUAUUGCUCCUUUGCUAGGACAUCGAUUAAAAUACAAGAGCUUGAAGAGGGAAUCGUGAUACGAAGAAACCAUCAUCAUCAUUGUAUUUGGCUAAUAUACUGAAUGAAACAGCUAAACCAUAACAUAAUUCAACUCGUGAACAAAUUUAUAUUCAUCUUCAUGGCAAAACGGGGGAGAUUGACU